AGGCGCGGUGUUGGCGGGGUCUUAAGAUGGCUGCCGGGCGGCCGGCUCCUGAAGGAAGAAAAGAUGUGGAGUGGGCUGCUACCUCCUGGCCUAAAUGAAAGCGAUAUUGAGUUGAAUUCUGAAGAUGAAGCCCCAUUAGAGAACUCUGGAUUUAACUUACAGGAAGAUAAAGAAGAUGGGGCCAUUACAGAAACAGAGGUCUCAGAUUUCCCAACUGAUGGACCAAAGCCUGGAGUAGAGGCAAAUGUAAAUGCAUAUGAAGAAUGCCCCUCUGGAAUUCCCUUAACUAUGUGGCAUAAAUUUCAAGAAUUGCAUAAAAAACAUUCUGAACAGAAAACCUCAACUUCAGGAUUCAGAGGGAAAAAAAGAAAACGCUCCAGGAAAGGUAAAUUGAAGAAUGAAGAAGAUUCUCAUAGUGAACAGACCUCAAGUGAAACCCAAUGGAAGGAGCUUACUCAGUAUUUUGGAAUCAAUGAUAGGUUUGACCCCCCUGUUAAAAAGAAAAAAAUUGACAAGUCAGGCCUUGAAAAGAGCAUAGACCAGGCUGUGGAAGAGUGGAACAUUGAGAAGGCUGAGGAACUCAGCAACCAGCUAGCUACUCGAGAGUAGGCUCCAUGCCCAGUGUGGAGCCCAGUGUGGGG